GUGCUUGGGCUUGUGGACAAAUACAAAACGCCGUUAGUAUAACCGUGCGGUUCUUCGUGUUUUGUUGGUACCUCCGAGAGACGCCCACACCCACCUGCUAGCCAUGGAGUGGAAGCCUAUGGAAAUUAAUCCCGAGAUGCUGAACAAAGUGCUGUCCAAGUUGGGGGUCCGGGGGUCCUGGCAUUUCGUGGAUGUGCUGGGGCUGGAGGACGAGUCGCUGUCGUCAGUACCCGCUCCGUCCUGUGCAGUAAUGCUGCUGUUUCCGCUAACGCAACAGCACGAGGCGUUCAGGAAGAAGCAGAUGGCAGAUGGGGGGUGCUCGGAGGACCCCAAGGUGUACUUCCUUAAGCAGACUGUGGUCAACUCCUGUGGCACUGUGGGCCUGCUGCAUGCUGUGGCCAACAACCAGGACAAGAUGGAGUUUGACAGUGACUCAGCACUGAAGAAGUUCCUGGACAAAACGGCCAAAAUGGCGGCGGAUGAGAGGGCCAAAUGCCUGGAGAAUAAUAAGGACAUCCGUUCCGUCCAUGACGAGGUCGCGGCUGAGGGGCAGUGCCGGGUUGAGGCAGACAAAGUGAACUUCCAUUUCAUCACUUUUGUGAACAUGGACGGACAUCUGUACGAGCUGGAUGGACGAGUGAAGUCCCCAGUGAAACAUGGUGCUACGAACGAGAACACCUUCUUAAUGGAUGCAGCAAAGAUCUGUCGUCAGUUUACAGCCCGCGAGAAGGACGAGGUGCGGUUCUCUGCUGUGGCCUUGUGCAAGACCUAAUUCCACCGGAGAACGGGGGACCAUCAUCAAACGGGCACACGCUAUACACCACUCAUAGAACAGAGCCUAGAACCGUGUGCAUGAGUGUGUGAGGUUGCGUUCUUUUUUUUGUGUUGGCAGUAAAAUGUUGAUGAACCCUUUCCGAGGUUAUAUUCUUUCUCCUUUCGUUUCACUGUUGUGAUGUCCGUGUGGCAGAAGAGGCGCACUGAGCUCUUUGAGUCACAACCUGCCUGACAGUUGUUUAACUGAAGUGAGCUGGAGUUCCCGUGCUGUCAUCCCCCCCCCCCCCCCCCAAUCAAAAUGGAAGAAUACCAAAAAAUGUGGUUAGCUAAUCAUGGCCAUGGCAUUUAGCAGCUAAUUUAGUGUGCACUGCUGGUCAGAGCUUUUGCACAGUGUAAGAUCAUGUUUUCUGUUUAGUGCUAUGCAGCUGUUUGGAAAUGUAAUAAAUGCCUUUUUCCUUCCA